AGGUUCCGUGGUAGCUGCGACCAUUUUUUCAUUCAUAUUUUGUGUUGUCUCUUUUAUUCGCUUCAUGGAAAAUCACAAGUAUGUUUCCAGUAAUGUGUAUGCUGUCAAUUAAAACACUCUUCGUUUUUUCCAAGAAAUGUUUUCUUCGAGUAACUUUAAAAUUAACCGUUUAUUCUUUCUCCAAAAAAAAUUGAAGUGCCACCAAACGAGCUACAAAGAGAGCAUUAAGAGUUUUCAAUUCUUCAAUAAUUAUUAAGUGUUGUGGUUUCCUCUCCAUAGAAACAACAUGCUAAAGAUGUUCAAAGGAGAUAAAUCAUUCAUUCCUAAGAAUAUCAAUGCGGUACAGUUCAUGAUUGUAAGUUGAACAAUAUACGUAUACAAUCCUGUUUUGAGUUAGGUUUGGAACGCGAGAACUAGUGUAGAAAGUUAGGAGAGGGAGGGAGAGAGGGAGGGAGGGAGGGAGGGAGAGAGGGAGAGGGAGGGGGGGAGAGAGCAACUGAAAAUUAGUGUGUAUAUAUACAAAGUUUUAUGCACAGCUGGAGAUUGUAGACUUGAGUCACUUGACAUGUGACUUGAUUUUUGUGACUUGACUUGUUACUCGGAUUAGCAAUGUGUGACUUGAAUAGACCUAAUUUCCCCUUUUAAGUGAAAUUUUGAUCUAGACAAGUCUGGACAACAGCUUGAAAAGAGCAGCACAAAAUUAGUAAUAUUCCGAAGUUUCGUUGCGAAAUGUUGUAAAAUGCGGAUAAUAUAGCCUUGGGAAGUUUGCCAUUUUUCAGUUAUUUUGCAUUACAAACGGGAAAUUGAUAAUCAGAUGAUCAAACUGAUUAUUAAUUUCCAUUUGUAAUACAAAAUGACUGAAAAACGGCAAACUUCGCAAGGCUAUAUAUUAUCCGCAUUUUACAACAUUUCGCAACGAAACUUCGAAAUAUAACUAAUUUUGUGAUGCUCUUUCAAGCCGUGGUGGAAUUUUUGUCCAGGCUUGUCUAGAUCAAAAUUUCACUUAAAAGGGGAAAGGUCUAUUGGACUUGAACAAAAUGACUUAUGACUUGACUUGUUAUCAAGUCAAGCGUAAAGUCGUAAAUAUCUAGUGAAAAUGAACUUUUCCACAACUUGCACUGGAAAUUCAUCGAUGCACAUUGACCAGUGCAAGUACAUUGGCAUAUUACAUUAUGACUGUGAGCUAUAGUAUUUUAAUAUAUAAUUUGUCAUAGGUGACUCCCUACUUGCGACUUGAUUUACGCCUGUGUUCUAAAAGCUCACUCAUCCUCGCCCUUAAGUAACAUUCAAGGGAGGAACAUAGAUAAUUUAAUUAGUCACUUUUUGCAUACCCUUUUACCCCACCCCAUCUCCUCCCCACCCUAACCCCCUCCCAAGAUGUCUCGUGCCUUUGGCACUCGAUACUUGUGUCUUUGUAUUACUUCUGGGGAUCCACAUCAACUUUCUUUCGUUAGGCAAAACGAACCCACACCGCUCUAAUGUUUAGACCAAACAUAACCCCUGUAUAGAUUAAGGUUACAGAACAUCUUUGAGUGUUAAUUUUGCCUAAAUUUUUUUAUUGGUUUCCAUGAAAGCAUUAGACUAGUUCUACUAUCUGACCAAGUUUGAACGAAAAAUGUUGAAAACUCGCAGAGUUAUUUAAUAAAAUACAUUUCGCUGCAAUAAGAAAAACAUUGACAAUGUAAUAUUCAAAUUCAAUUUUCUCCCGAGGAAUUUUACGGCAAUUACUGAUUUUCAAACGAGUUCUCCUGCGGGUUUUAACCAAUUUUUCUCAAAUUUUCACAGGACAUAGCUAAAGACGUCAGUUUCAAAAUGGUGUUCGGAUUUUUUUAAUUUUGGAUAUUUUAUUAAUAAAGAGCAAUUCACUCAAACAAUUCAGAAAUAUAUUGCAGUCGUCAAAGAAAUCGCCAUAUCAGCGGAAUGACGAAAUAAACAAAAACUCUCCGAACACAAUUUUUUAGAACAACUAUUUUACUGUAUAAAUAUGAUAUUUUCAUAAAUAUAACUUAAAACCAGCAGGAGCACAACUCGAAAGCGUAACGGUACCGCGAUUUAAGAUUUUCGUGAAUAAUUCUUACAUUUUAUUGUUUGUUAAUUUACAACUUUACCAUAUUUUGCAUGCACUGGCGAACAUUUGGUGAAAAUUUGAUUAAAAUCGGACUGAUAUUGAGCGCGCAGUAGCGAUUUUCCGCAAAACGCCAAAAAGGGUGUCCUGUAACCUUAAUUAUACAGUAACCACUUCAAAAUAACCACUUUUGUGUAUUCCACUUCGUUAGGGAAAAGGACUAAGAUGUCAUAGUUAUCAGAUCGGCUACUUUUUGUGGGGUAAGUAUUUCUUGUUCCUGAAGGGAUGUGCGUAUAGCGGUAUGUAUUCGGUAAAAAUUUAUUAUAGAAUAGUAUUGGAACUUUUAUUAGAACCACAAACUGAAAAUAUUUUCACUUGGUUUUUUGCAUUAGGAUCUGAGAAAUUGUUUAAAACGAUAUUUAGAGAAAAUGUUUUCCAGGACUGUAAAUUGUUCUCUGUUGUAUAUAAUAUUGUGUGGCGACCGCUGUUCCGUAGAAAUGUGAAAUAUGCAACUAUAGGUCGUCUGGUAGGAAUCGAACCUGCUGCUGUGCGACUUUGGUUCAGCGCUCUAAUCAACUGAGUCCAGUUGACAAGCAUUAACCACCGUUCUUGUAUAUGUAUAUAUAAUGGGUGAUGCCAGUUUAAGGUAUGGGUAACUAUUGAAGAUUUGGGUAUCUUUCUCGAUAGAACUAACAGUUGAAGGGUUUUGGAGAUGGAAAUUUCAAACGGAAAUUCUAUCGAGCGUGAUGCCUGAAGUCUUCAUAUUUGCCCAGAUUAUACGGCAAAUCCCUACCUUGAGUGAAAUAUAUAGAGGAUAUUACACGGCGGCGCGAAGAUAUGAUUUUUAUCUUCGAGUGGUGAAAACAAUAUUUUGCGACCGAGCGCAGCGAGUGAGUAAAAUAUUGUUUUUGACACGAGAAGAUAAAAUUCAUAUCUUCAAGCCACCGUGUAAUGUUCUGUUUAUUAUAUAGUCCCAAGCAAAAAAUUGUAUAAAUACUAAAAGUCACGUGAUCGAUAUCGUCGCUAGUGAAGACAUGGAAAAUAUGUCACUGUGUAUUUCUCAGUAUCUCACUCUACUAUAUAAUAAAUGGUCACCUUGAAGUUGACAACCCUCCCCUUCUUACCCCAUUUUUAAAGUUUAGCAAGUUUCUUCCGCAUUUUUUGUCCUAGGCUACAUAUUGCUGUUGUCGCUGUUAUCUGUUACCUUUUUUGUUCUUUACUUAUUGACACUUGAUCCCGUUCAAAAUUUGGUUAUGAACUACGUGAAAAGAGGAGGGUAAGUGAUACUCUGUAU